AUGGCUCUCAAGGCAACCACGCUUAGCGCUGCGCAGCGGUUCGUACGCGGCUUCAUGCCGUACCUCGACAACACCGGUUCUCCCGCACAUUCGGUGCUCGAGCUGGAGAAGUAUUUAAAAGACAACCACCCCUCCGCCCAGCGACUCGACCCGUUCGCGCCAUGGGUUCUGGAAAAAGGGACCACGUACUACGUGGCAGACGCCAACGCCACGAUGAUGGCGUUCCACGUCGGCAAGAAGUUCAACGCCGAUAAGGGAGGAUUGCUCCUCACGGCCGGUCACACCGAUUCGCCUGCUCUCAAGUUGGAGUACAAGUGUGAGAGUGUGGCGCAUGCGUUCAACCAGGCUGUCUCGCUCACCUACACCUCUGGCCUGUGGCAUACGUGGCUGGAUCGCGAUCUUGGAAUUGCAGGACGAGUGAUUGUGCGCAAGGAUGGCCUGCUCGAAGAAAGGCUUGUCCGUAUCGCUAAGCCCAUCAUCGUCGUACCGAACCUGUCGGUGCACCUCCAGCAUUCUGCGGAACGUGAGGUCCUUAAGCUCAACAGGGAGAAGCACCUCAGGGGCAUCGUGUCUACCGAGGCGGUGCACAAGCUCAAUUCCGAGAGUUCAAAGCCGAUCUUGGCGUACGUAGCGAAGGAGAUUGGUGUCAAGGAAGAGGACAUUGUCGACAUGGACUUGUGCCUCAUGGAGAACGCGAAGUCUGUGCUCUCCGGACUCUACGAGGAGUUCCUCUCAUGCGCUCGUUUGGACAACUUGGCGUCGUGCUUCGGCGCCAUGGGAGGGUUUAUCGACUUCAUCAACGGAAAAGGUGGGUGCUUGGAGCACGCGAUGCCGCGUCACAUGGGUGCAGAAGCCGAGGAGUCGGAGUUCAUCACCUGCCUCAUGCUCUACAACUACGAGGAGAUGGGCUCGCAUAUGUCGUCGGGCGCCGACUCGCAGAUCACUAUCCAAUGGAUAGACAAGAUGUACGCUGCGCUGGGGUCAUCGUUCGCCAAUACCAAGGGCCGCGCACUCAUCCUCAACGUGGACAUGUCGCACGCCAUUCACCCCAACUACCCUGAGAGGCACUCGGACACGCAUCAGCCUCACUUCCACGAGGGACUGGUCAUGAAGCGCAACGUCAACGGCCGCUACGCCACGGAACUCAGGGCAUCGGCCGUCGUCAUAGAGACUGCGCGCUCGUGCGGCGUGCCAGUGCAGGAUUUCAGGGUGCAGAACGACAGCCCGUGUGGAUCGACGGUGGGUCCGUUCCUCUCCAGCAGGCUCUGCGUGCCCGUGGUCGACGUGGGGAUUCCGCAGCUCGCCAUGCACUCGAUCAGGGAGGUGUGCAGCACCGUGGACAUAUGGCACCUCAAGGAAGUCGUCAACGUAGUCCAGACCGCCGCCAUAUAUGUGCCUGAAAAUGUCCGCCGUCGUGUAGCCGUCGUCCACCACGACCUGGAAAUUGAAGUCGCCGGCGAAAAUGAACAGGUCGGCGUCGAACAGCACCCGGGGUGCGUGCUCGUGGAACACGUUGCGCAUGACGCCGUCAAGCUCCUGGAUGCGCACGCGGGUGGGGAGCUUGCCGGAGUUUAUGUGGACGUCCACCAACGUUAUCUGCUGGCCGCCGAUGGAAAACCGCAUUCCAACGGCACCCUUGUUUCCUACACUGCCGCUGAACCCAGUCUUCACCGCGGUGGUCUCGAUGUUCUUCACCGAUGGGACCAGGCGGGUGCUCACGAAGACGGUCAUGUAUAG